GUCAGUCAACUGUCAAACAGAACAGCUAUCAAUUUGUACGAUAUCGAAUUGUUUUUGUUUAAUAAUUUAAUUCAUUCUCAUUUCUUUUAUUUAUAUUAAGUAUUGAAAUGCUUUCAAAUUUCAACUUGUAAAUUAUUCACUCAUAAUUUUUUGUUAAACAAUAGUACACUAGUCUUUAUUAUGGUUAACUAUUGUUGCGUGUUUGGCUGCGGUCGUAAUAGCAGACAUAGUAAACAUUUAAAAUAUUACAGUUUGCCUAAGGAAAGAGACCGUCAAAUUGCAUGGCUCAAAGCAGCAGGUAGAGAGGAUCUCAUUGAGAAAAGUCAAAAUAGAGUAGCAUAUCGCAUUUGCUCCCGCCACUUUCCGCCGUCAAGUAUAAAAAACAAGCUAUUAAGUCCAGAUGCCAUACCUAUUAAAUGCCUGCCAGGAACAAAAGAUGAAGAUGUUUCAGAAGACGCAGAGUUCCAUCAGGAUAUAAUCUGUAACAGCUGCCAGAACUUGAUCCUCGGUUUCCGUUAUAAGUGUGUCAGCUGUGUAGACUAUGAUCUGUGCCCCAAAUGUGAGAUGAUAGAAACACACCCUGAACAUUAUAUGUUGCGGAUACCCAAGCCUUUGAAGUUUUCCGUAGCAGAUGACUUGGUUAAAAAAUGGAAACAGUUCUUUCAGUCUAAGCAUGCUGUUGCAGAAUCUAACAAAUGUUCAGAUUCUGAAAAUGACAGUGAUAGUAGUGACAAUGAGCCAAUCACAAAAUAUGUGAAACAUUAUGAUAGUGGCAUUGAUCUAUCCGAAGAUGUUAAAGAGAAAAUAAGAAAUGAAGUGACUAGAGUUUUAAGUAUAAAACAAGACACUGAGAAAAAGUCAAAGAAAAGUACAAAAAAGAGAAAAGACAACAUUACAACUAGAAAGAGAGGGGGAGAGGAUCUGACUAAGAUGAGUAAGAGACAAAAAAGCAAUGAUGAGCAUGAGAUUGAAUGUGAAGAGAGUAAAUUGAAUGUUGCCAUUCCUGAAAUGGUUUUCGCCGAUGUAAAUGAACAGAUGAUGGAUGUUAAAUCUGAAACACCUUUGGACACUGCCAUGAACGAUAUGAACACUGAUCAGCAACAGCCCUUGAUGCAUGUCAAACUCAGUGAUGAUUUUUCAGAACUCAUGAUAGAAAUGACUUCUGAUAAUCAAAAAGUCAUUUAUAAAUACAGCAACUAGUAUGAAGAUGUCAUCAUUUAUUGGACAGAACUAGUGUUAAAAUCUACCACUGUUGCAAUCAUACCUGGAACAUAUUUGAGUGAGAUUCAGUUAUAUAAAUAUGCAAUAUAUUUUGUAUAGGUACAUUUUUAUCUAAAUUUAGAUUCAGUUAUAUAUAGUAGACAUAGUUUAUUUCAAUAGAACUAAAGAAUAAUACAAUCAAAUUGAAAAUCUCCUUUUUGAAGUCUGUUGAAAUUGUAAUCAAGUUUUGUGAAAAUUAUUAAAGAAAAAUUUUGUUAGUAGCAAAUUGAAAUAUUUAAUCCAUUUUUUUAUUUGUACUAUUAUUUUACAUCAGCUGACUUAUAGUUAGAUCUGUUUAUUUCUUCGUUAAGUUACAUUGAAACUUACAAUACCUAUCAAUUUUAUAUUUCAUCACCCUCUUUUUGUUGAUAAACAGUCUGGGCACAGAUUAGAAUACAUGUAUUCUGUGUGUUAUAUGUCUGUUUUUAUUGCAUUUAAUAAAAUUGUUAUACUAAAAAGACUGGUAUUUUGAUUAUAUAUUAUUCAUUAUUUUAUUUUUAUUUCAUAUUAGUGACUAAUUUCGCCAAAAAAAAAAAAGAGGAAAAUAGAGUAUGCUUACCACAUAGAAAAUUCUAAAUAUUUGGUUUUAGAUAAUUCAUUCUUCCCUAUUUGUACAUUUACAAUGUUGAUUUAUUUAAAGGCCUAUUGUAAGGUUGAGAUUCCAUUUUAGAUCUAAGAAAAUUAUGUUUAUAUUGUAAUAUGUGUUCAUAUUCUCUGAAAUAUACAUU